AUGAUGCUCCUCAAGUCAAUUGUGCCUGUCGCUUUAUUCGCUGCGACAGCUGUGGCAGAUGUCACCAGCAUCAACAAUGCACUCCUCACGGUUACCAAGGACUUGAUAGCCUUGAACUCGACCUUGGCCAACUUCUCGGGUGAUCUGUUUGCCGCAAUCCCAAUCCUUGGGGCGUCUCUCACCUUGGAAAAUGCCAUCAAGGCCGGAACCAAGACUGCCAAUGCUUCCCAGCCUCUCAACUUUGACGAUACACUCAUUAUCGCCCAGUCCACCGCUGAUUUGGCUGAGGAUGCAACUUCGUGCAUCAACACACUUAUCAGCGUCAAACCAAAGUUUGACAAACUCCUUGUUGUGACUCCCAUUACUCUGGGGAUUACAAAGGAUUUGCGAAAGUUGACGGCAGCUUUUGCCACUGCAAUUAUUGCCAAGGUGCCAGCAAAUUUUCAGGAAGUUGCCAAGCAGCUGGUUCAGGGAAUUGAUGACGACUUUGCUCGCGGGAUCAAGGCUUACGGAGGCAAGUAG